AUGCAUCUCGGAAUGGUAGCACCAAGUCCCUUCCCCGUCCACCCUUGUCCUUUUCUUCACAAGGCUAUUAAACAAAUCAUGGCUGGUUCCAGUUGCGCUGUCCCAGAUUCAGCUGACAAGCUGGGUCUUCCGGUGCUUGUAACUUCUAUACAUGACCCAACACGAUCUCAUCCUACAUACAAACGCUCGCUCAAUAAAAUACUACCCUUGCCAGCUUCCACGUCUGUUGAUAUAAGAAGUCUCGAAAUCUCGAAGGUAAAAUCCUCCUUGUUUCCUUCUAGUCUGCGGCUGCUUCAACAAAAUCUUCAAAGGAAACAGCCUAGUGGCUAUCGCCAAAUAAGUUCGAGCUAUGGAGUCACCAAACGCACGCUGGGUGGACGGCGUGGACCCAGUACUAACUUCGUGCCACCCAUCCCUUCCGGUUCGAGCCCUAGUGCCGGUUACAGUCCUCAAAGUGCCGAUCCGCCGAACCGGCUACAGACGAAAGAUGGGGACUGUCCAAUUGGUGAUCAACGUCUAAUGCAGUUCGAUCAGAAAAUAGUUGAUCUGAUCAUGAGCGAGGUAAUGGAGUCCAAAACUGUGAUAUCAUGGGAAGAUAUUGCGGGUCUCGAGUUCCAGAAGAAAGCUCUGCAGGAAGUCGUCAUCUUGCCCAUGCUAAGACCUGAUUUAUUUACCGGCCUACGUGGGCCUCCAAAAGGACUCUUAUUGUUCGGUCCUCCUGGAACGGGUAAAACUCUGAUCGGUAAAUGCAUCGCCUCUCAAAGCAAGUCCACCUUCUUCUCCAUUAGUGCUUCGUCUCUAACCUCGAAAUGGGUCGGAGAAGGUGAGAAGAUGGUACGUGCUCUCUUCGCAAUUGCUCGCAAUAAUCAACCAGCAGUCAUAUUUAUCGACGAAGUUGAUUCCUUACUCACCCAGCGCUCAGAAAUGGAACAUGAAUCGAGUAGACGUAUCAAAACAGAAUUUCUGGUGCAGCUGGACGGUGUCUCCACCGAUGGAGACGAGCGCCUCCUCUUCGUCGGUGCCACAAACAGACCGCAAGAACUCGAUGAAGCUGCCAGACGAAGAUUCGUUAAGAGGCUGUACAUACCACUGCCGGAUCGGCCGGCACGCAAGCAAAUUGUUGUUCGCCCGGUCGUUCUGGCCGACUUCGAAUCAGCCCUCAAUCAUGUUAGAGCUAGUGUGUCGUCCGGGGACCUUCAACAUUACCUGAAAUGGAACAAGCAGUAUGGAAGUUUUGAUGCAUAAUCAUUUUGUACCACAGUUGCACACUUUCACAAUUGUCCCGUCUCAAAAAAUUAAACCUCGAUUGCUCACCACUGGAGUUUACUUCUUAUGUACAAAGGGAGAUCGGAGUUGUGUAAGGAUUAUAGAUUAUCUCUAACCAUCUCAUGCAGUAACCUGGACACCCUUACGCAAAGUGGUGCCACAGAUCGUCAACCAACAUGUCUAGUUUUCGGUAUGGCUCCGACAUGGUUAACCUAUCCUAAAAAAUUUACAGGGCUGCUUGGUCUACCGACCCAGCUGUGGUUAAAUCACUACCCUCUGUUGACGGAACCUGUGAGCAAGUGCCUGCCGUCACGAUACGCCGUCUCCGGAACCGAGGAUCGUCGAGGUAUGAUCGAUCAUUUGUUUUGGUCGAGGUAUUCGCAACAGUUGCAGGGUGGUAGUUGACAAAAGUACUGGCCAUUUCAUUCAACUGGAGCUUCACAGGACGUCUUGGAGUGAAAAUAUUUGAUUCAUCCAUUUCUUCCGGAGGUUGGGAAUCCUCAGUGCUACAAUUUUUCGACCCUACAGUGCUUAGUCCAACGUCGUUUGCACAACCGACAGGAGUGGUUGGUUUCGGCGGUGGUCUGAGGGUCGUGAGUUGACCACGCAGUCUAGGGUCUUCAUACCGAUGUGGGAGUUCAUCAAUAGGAAGCUGCAUCAGUGGAUAGGGAAUUUUCACGUUCAUAUUUAACGGAAUUAGACGCCAUUGUGCUGCAGUUGGCGAUGUCGGUAAAGAGGGUCCGGGUGGAACCACGUUCAAUUCUGGUGAGUUAAGUGUUAAAGACGCCCUUCUGAGUGGAAUAUCGAGAGCCUCCGGAAUGGUGAUCUGAUUGUCAAGGGGCUA